AUGAACAGCGAGGUGGAUCACGUGGUCACCCUCGGCCGUUCCACUCUUGAGAGCACACAAGCCCUGAUAGAGGAGCUGGACGCACUCGGUGCUGCAUACAAGCAGAAACUGGCCAAUGCGACGAAACUGGAACGACGGGAACUGGCGGAUCCGCUUCCAGGGAUACACGAAUUUGUGACGUCGGUCAAGGGCACGGGGAAUUCCGUCCAGCGCAUCUUGAAGGCACGGAAAAACAUUUUCUCAAGUGGUUCCGACGACCAGUCUCGUGAGGAGCGGGACAAGAAGGACACAGCUAUCAUCCAGGGCUGCGGCCUGAACUCGCACCAGGAGCAGUGGGAUGCCAUCAAGCGCACCCAUGGCCUGAUGGCCUUCCGUCGAAGAUUCAGUGGCAACUAUACGAAACUCGGUACCACUGUCGAUGCCGUAGUAGAGAACGGUACCGAGUGGGUCAAGGUGUCCGUGGUGACGGAGAAGAAGCUCAUAUACCAAAUGGCACAAGAAGGUUGGAAUCCUGAUGACUCGACCGAUGAGGAGUCCGAUGAAAGCGACGGCGAGAACACAGGAAUCGGUAUUGUGAAAACCGCCAGCCAACUCAUCAAAGCAGCACGUUCAAACCGGUGCAAUACCCGAAUCCCGCGAGUACGCUUGGUCCUGCCAAAUCUCACCGAAGGGCAUGUCGAAGCGAUCGACAAAUUACUCGGACGAAUCCGUUGUCUAGGCGUCUCCAAGAGGCAAGAAGGAGACGUCGAGAUCCUCGUGGAUUGCUCCAACAGCCAAUUCUUGGAAACCCCUAUUCCUCCUCUAGAAACAGCCUUUGCCAACAUGUUCCGGGACACUAAUCUGGACCGGCUGACACCUACGGUGAACCUGGAGCUAACCAUUCUCCUUUCAUUGGCGUCUGACAUUGCGCACGCUGAAAUCGAGCCCAAAGAAUGGUACUCGAUGCAGACGAUGUCUCACCUGGAAGAUGAAGCGCACGCGCCCGGCGCAAGGUUAAAGGUCGUCUAUAGCGCUCUGAGAGGGAGGCGGCUGGAAUGCACUUACGAAGUCGCUCGGGAAUUCUGCAACAUCGUAGACGAUUUGGGUACGGAAACUACCAAGGCACGAGCUGCGCUCAUGUUCGGGUGGAAAGAUGUGCAAGAGGGCAUACAGGUCCUCCGCCGCAGUCAACUUCCGCGUUCGAAUAGUAGCGGUGAGGCCGCCGUUACUACCGGUGACCAACCCAAGCCUGCAGAACCGAAGAAUUUGAUUGAGGAAUGGCGGAAGCUCUCGAUGUACCCAGUGCCGGAAGACCUUCAGUUUCCGGUGAGAGUGAUUGGGGAAGAUAUCUUUGAAGACAAAGACUACGCCUCACUGAUCCGAAACGGGAAAUUGCCACCUGUAGCAAGCAAGGUCUGGGAGAAGCUGGACCGGCCAUACAAUCGUUCCUGUCACCUAUGGGGAUGGAUGCAAGAUAUCACCACUGUCUCAGCCAACAGUCUUAAUACGAGGCUAGUCGAUGCCACUGUGGACGAGGGACGAAGCAACGCUUUGGAAGUUGGUCCCAGGAUGUACCUCACAUCGCUCGCCAUCAGUCUCAAUACCGCAAAGCCGUGCCCGACCGACAAAUGGAACGAGAUCAAGGAUGCGAAACACGAGCGGAAGGAAGCGAGGACCAAGGAGGCUAAGUCAAUGAAAGCAGCCGGGACCUGGGGUCCCAGCAUGGGCGUGCCGGUCAAGUGGGACCAAAAGCAGGUCAGGAAGCAGAGCAACAGGCGGCACAAAGGCGCCGUGGACAGGUCUGACGCGUCGCAGCGGUCCUCGUCAGACUGA